AAAUCGAUAAAAGUCGAAGAUUGAAUUGUUUGACCUAAAUACCCUCUUUUUGUGGAUAGACUGAGCACUGGAUUUCCCUUCUCAACCCUCGAAAUCUCAUACCCUUUCUUCUCUUUUCCCAAUCUUCUCCUUACCCUUCUUCUGCUAUUUCCGAUUUUCUCCAAUUCCCCGCCAAUUUUCACAAUCAACCUCUUUUCAAACACUCUUUCCUUCACCCUCAAUCCACGCAAUUCUUUCUUCUCCGUCUCAUCAACCCUAGUACUCUCUUUCAAACCAGAUCCUUAUAGGUUUCUGUUGAUGCAUACAAUUCAAGACUUGUAGCAUUCAUGAGUUUGACGGAGGAUUGAUGUGGUUUCUUUGACUCAUCUUUUGUUAUUUGCGGGAUCUUGCAAACUCUGUGUCAGCUAUAAAACAGUGAUUCGAGCAGCAGUUUGUUAUUGUUUAGCAAUUGUUAUCUUCAAUGGCUAACCACGAUUUGAUACUUGGUCAAGGUCACAAUUUGGAACUUGGUCAUGAUCAGCAAUCAUUGCUUGGUCAUAAUCAUAACUUGGAUAUCAGCGAGAACCAUGAAAUUGAAAUGGGACAAACCCAUGAGCAUGAGCUGGACUUGGGACAAACCCACGAGCAUGAGCUGGACUUGGGACAAACCCACGAGCAUGAACUGGACUUGGGACAUGCCCAUGACCAUGAAUUGGGAUUAGAACAAACUCAUGACCAUGAAUUGGGAUUAGAACAAACCCAUGACCAAGAAGGUGAUGAUGGUCAAACUUAUGAGCAUGAUCUAGGCAUGGAACGAAAACCUGAGCAUGAUGACCACGAGUCACCCCUUCCUGGGCAAAACCAUGAGCACCAUGAGCUGGUCUUGUCAGAGAACAAUAAUCUAAAUGUUUUUGAAAACCAAGGAUUUGAUGAGAACUUGGACCUCGCCGUGAUUCAGCACCCAGAGAUGGGCACUGAUUCUGACAAUGAUAUGAGUAUUCAACAGUCACAGUUUAUGCUUUCUUCUGAACCACAUGUAAUUCAGGCUCGUACAGUUGCUGUAAAUCCAACUUAUGAAUUGUCAGUGGGCCAAGAAUUUCCUGAUGUCAAGAGUUGUCGAAGGGCGUUGAGGGAUACAGCAAUUGCCUUGCACUUUGAGAUGCAGACUAUUAAAUCUGAUAAGACACGCUUUACCGCUAAAUGUGCUAGUGAAGGGUGUCCCUGGCGCAUUCAUGCAGCAAAGCUCCCAGGGGUUCCAACUUUUACUAUCAGGACAAUUCAUGAGAGUCAUUCAUGUGGAGGAAUUUCUCACCUUGGUCAUCAACAAGCUUCAGUUCAGUGGGUUGCUAACUCUGUGGAGCAAAGGCUGAAGGAGAACCCUAAUUGCAAGCCAAAGGAGAUAUUGGAAGAGAUUCAUAUGGUUCAUGGCAUCACCUUAUCGUACAAGCAAGCAUGGAGAGGCAAGGAGCGUAUCAUGGCUGCGAUGCGUGGAUCUUUUGAGGAAGGGUAUCGCUUGCUUCCACAAUACUGUGCACAGGUGAAACGCACAAACCCAGGCAGUAUUGCAUCUGUUUAUGGAAAUCCAACUGAUAAUUGCUUCCAACGUCUCUUCAUUUCUUUUCAAGCAUCUAUAUAUGGCUUUUUAAAUGCAUGUCGGCCACUCUUGGGGCUUGAUAGAACAUAUCUGAAGAGCAAGUAUCUUGGUACCUUACUCUUUGCUACUGGAUUUGAUGGUGACGGAGCUCUCUUUCCUCUUGCAUUUGGUGUUGUUGAUGAGGAGAAUGAUGAUAAUUGGAUGUGGUUUCUCUCUGAACUUCAUAACCUGCUUGAGAUUAAUACUGAAAACAUGCCAAAGCUUACUAUUUUGUCUGAUAGACAGCAGGGCAUUGUGGAUGGCGUUGAAGCUAACUUUCCUACCGCAUUCCAUGGAUUUUGUAUGCGCCACUUGAGUGACAGCUUCCGUAAGGAAUUUAAUAAUACCAUGCUGGUCAACCUUCUAUGGGAAGCAGCCAAUUGUCUUACUAUACUUGAAUUUGAAUCUAAAGUCUUGCAAAUCGAAGAGAUAUCUCAAGAUGCUGCAUAUUGGAUUCGAAGAGUUCCACCUCGUCUGUGGGCUACUGCUUAUUUUGAGGGGCAUAGGUUUGGUCAUUUGACAGCAAACAUAGUUGAAGCCUUAAACAGCUGGAUAUUGGAAGCAUCUGGGCUUCCGAUAAUUCAAAUGAUGGAGUGCAUUAGAAGGCAGCUAAUGACUUGGUUCAAUGAGCGCCGUGAAACCAGUAUGCAGUGGACAUCCAUACUUGUUCCUUCUGCUGAGAGAAGUGUUGCAGAGGCUCUAGAGCGUGCACGCACUUAUCAGGUCCUUCGUGCCAACGAAGCUGAGUUUGAAGUUAUAACUAACGUGGGAACUAAUAUAGUUGAUAUAAGGAAUCGCUGCUGUCUUUGUCGUGGUUGGCAGCUUUAUGGCUUGCCCUGUUCACAUGCUGUGGCAGCACUUCUAUCCUGCCGGCAGAAUGUUCAUAGAUUCACAGAAAGCUGUUUCACCGUAGCAACAUAUCACAAGACAUACUCACAAACCAUACAUCCAAUUCCUGAUAAAUCUCUUUGGAAGGAGCUGUCUGAGGGAGAUGCUAAUGUUAACCAAGCGCUUGAAAUUUUAAUCAACCCACCUAAAUCACUCAGACCGCCUGGACGACCAAGAAAGAAGAGGGUUCGUGCAGAAGAUCGCGGGCGUGUUAAGCGAGUGGUGCAUUGCAGUCGUUGCAAUCAAACAGGUCACUUUAGAACAACAUGUGCUGCUCCCAUCUAGUUAUCUCUCAGUCUCAGCCAAAAGGCUUCAUGUCUUUAUUUAUUUUUAGGCUUCAUAGGCUCGUAACUUAGAAUUGAGUAAAUGAUUUUUAUUUAUUUGACAUUUAUAUGAAUUAAUUUUUAGCAGAUAUUCUACGUUUA